AUGCCUUCGGACGAUUCGUCUGUGUCUACACAGGCGCCGCCGGGCGACUUGGGGGAGGUCGGCGGCGCGGCGGUCGCGCCUUCGCGGCUGCGCCCCGUGGCCGGUAGAAUAUUUUCGCGGGCCGCGACUUUGUCUAAGGUGGACGGUCUGAGCGAUUCCGUGCUGGAAGGCUUGAACAGCUGGUACCAGGAGGAGUGGCGGGUGGUACACGCGUCGCGCUUCGCGAUAUGCCCUCAGCUGACGGACAGCCUGAAGCGCCACUUCGCGUCGCGGUCUUCUCCGUCGCUGACUGCGGAAAGUGUGGAAUCGUUCCUCCGCACGAUGUCGCUGCUGUACUACGGGCUGCGGAGCGACUCGAGUCCGUCGGGCGACGUGUCUAAGAACAAGUUCUUCCAGCGGUACUACUACACCUCCCGCGAGAACGCCGCCGCUCUAAACUCGCCCAUCGUGAUGAGCAAUUUCGUGUGGGCGUGCCACCGGUACAUGCGCGACGAAUUCGCCAACACCUGCUUGCUGGACAUCCUGCUGCAAGCGUUCCCCGCUGCGCUGGAAUCCUUCGUGCGUUUCGGGGGCGUGGUGUACCUGAAGUCCGCGCUGGACUACCUGGCCGCCAGCGGUAAGCUGCGCUCGAGCACCAACUACCUGCUGAAGGCGCUGGCCCUGCUGAACAAGCUCGACAUAUCGUUCCGCACGCUGCAGACGUCGCGCAUCGGCAUCCCGAUAAACGGGAUCGCCACGGGCGGUAAGAACGUCAAGAUGGGCAUUGACUACGAGUGCGAAAACGACAAUGUGAAGCUGAAGGCCACCGACUUGAUAAAGAAGUGGAAGGCCAUCCGUGAUGCGUCGCAACCCAUGAAGGUGGAGCCCGACCCACGUCGUCAGGUUCGUCGGACGCCGCCAGCGCAGGCUAACCCGGCCGUGCCAGCGCCCGCUAGGCCGGCCCAGGUAACAGCUGUCGCCGAGCGCAAGGCCGAUGCGCCGGCGUCGCGGCGCCCCGAGCCCGCUCCCGCGCCGGGGUCGUUCGUGCUGAACAUUUUGGACAGUAUGGUUGAGCAACGCGAGAAAGAGCGCAAGCGCAAGCUUGCGAUGAAGGAGGCGCAACGGAACGGGUUGUUUAAGGUGUCGCGCGUUAGUGAGUCGGAAGGCACGUCCAGGCCGGAGGAGGCUCCACCGGCGGCCAGUGUGCAGCCCGGGGCCGCGCCGUCCAAUCCGCCGGGCGCCGAAGGAGGCACCGGCGGCGGAGAAGACAAGGUGGCUGAGAGCCGUAAGGAGCUGCAGUCGCUGAUGAACUUUUUCAAGAGCUUCAAGCCCCAAAUCGCCCCUCCGCACAGCUCCGGAGAGAGCCCGCAGAGUAGUUCAUCCGACGCUCCCGUCUCUUCACUACCUAGUGCCUCGUCCUCGGCUCCUCACAGUGGCGAUCGAACCGGCUUAAGUGUAUCGAGCAAUCACAUUACGCAUAUGAACGGUGUGGCCGCCGGCACCAACUCUCCGCGCCCAGCGGCUCCGCCUCCGCCCCCUCCAAGCUUCCACCUCGGUGCCGCGGCCGCCUCCGGAAGUGGUUCCAUGCCCCCAGUGUGCGUGCCUCCGUGGAAGUAG